UAUGCAACGCCGGGUAUUCGCGACCCUUUUUACCGCUAGACGAGAAGCCGUCGCGGUUUCCCAUUCUUUGUGCACAAGCACUCCUCUAGUCAACGUUGGGACGCGCAUAUGAUCGGAUGUGUAUUGUGAGUCUACUGUUCGCCGUCGUGUUCAGUUGUUGGUGCAAUUUUGAUUCGCGUAUGGGAAGAUACACACAGCGGAAAGCCAUAGAUCAUAACAGAAACAAUUCAGAAAGUUCCGGUGUCCGGUGAAUUUGAAAAGUGCGUUGAUUAACAUACAAGAGAAGCAAUUUGGUGGUGCGCUUGUCUGGAAGUGGAAUAUAAAACAGUCAGUGCCGGAAGAUAAUUUGCGGCCAAAAACCGCAAGCACGCAUCCUGUUGCAGAGUAUUCGUGGUAGCUCUCGGCCGAGAGAAGCAAGAAAGGCGAAGAAUUAAUAAGAGGUUAAUAAGUCCCGUCCAAAAUUCUGGUGAAUUGUGCAAGUCUCUGUUCAAGUUCCUCAGCCGAGCAUUGGAUAUAAGAAGCUUACAAGCAAAACAGUAGUGAAUAAAAGCAGACAAAGCCCACGUCGGGCAGUUUGGUUCCCCCUUUUUGAGUUAUCGGUUUCGUUGUUGGAUUAUUAGGUCCCACCUUCUCAUCGUCGUCUGUCUGGAGUUGUCGUCGCGCUUGGUAUCCCGUACAGUGUAAUCAUGCCGCCGGCUACUGAGCUCGAGGAUAGUGUAUCGACCGACGAUUGUACCAAUCAGUCCCAAUCAUCGGCAGAGGAUACCAGCUGCAGGACAGCUAGGUCGUCUUCGCUGUCGGUGACGGGUUCGGAUCGUGAGACAGAGCACUCUUUUGUCAUUCAAUCACCGGUGGGUUCACCUGCGGCCAGCAUGGUUGGAGUUAAUUCGAAUUUCUCCGUCAUAAAUUACGUCGGCAAAGUACAGAAGCAAUCAUCUCACAGAUCAGUGGUGCGAUGCCGGACGCCAUACGAACGUCAAGUUACCAUCCCAUCCCAGACUAGUCGUGUGGAGUCGAUCGAUGAAUCCACAAACUCUUCCAUGGCGUCAUCGGUAGAUGGCUACUCAACGAUCGGUGAUUCGGUGUCCGUGGUCGCAGAUGUGACCGAAAUGGCAGACCUGGAUGACAACAGUAGAGCCAGCGAUCAACAAGUCUUGGUGCAGCAGCCCCGCAUUCAUCACGGACCACGAAGUCGCCGGUCCAUCAGCGUUUCCUCCAGCGGAUGCUCGAGUUCAAUGGACGACAGAAACAGUGACUUUUCUCCGUUGUAUAGUGGUAACAGUUGUCGCUGUACAUCCCUCAGCAUUUCGGAUUUCGACGACGAUGGUUUCCGCGAAGAUGGCAGCAUGUCUUCCGUUUACACAGUAUUUUCUUCUCCACGGUCACAUCACCCGCAUCAUCAGCUGCAUCACAACCACCAGAACGUUCCGCAUCACCCGAACAACACCAAGGGAUUGUUCGAUAUUGCACUGAAAACGGUCAAAUUGAUCCGGCGCAACCAGGAACUUCAGAUGCGGUUGGCUCAGCUCCAAGAGGAAACCAAAGCCUUUAUCGAGUCUGUGAUGGCAAAUCCGGAGAAUGAAUCAUUGCGAAAUCACAUCCACACGGGUGGUGCCAUACGGACGACGCCGGCACCGAGCAUCGUGGUUCAGAAGUGAGAGGGCUCCGACGCCGUUACGACGGUGCCCCAAGAAGCCAGCGAUCUCAAUCAUCUUGCUUGAAGUUUUUUUUUACGACUUGAUUUGUACAAGUCGUGCCCCUAUUCGAGAGUCUGAGCGAAUUCCAAUGAUUAGGUUUGUUUUCACUUCUUUUUGGAAGAUCUAUUAUGAAGCGCAUCAAAACUGCUUAAAUGAGAUAUCAUUUGGUUGUUCACAAAUAAUUAGUGUUGAUAGGCUUUUUUUCGAUCUUAUUUUUUUUUUUACUUAUAAACGUCUGUCAGCAUCGUCAGACCCGGUUACACGAUCCUUAUUUAUUGAAAAGCUGUUGCAGCUUCGGAGAAUUGUUCUGAGAACAACAACCACAAUCAUAUUUAUGCUGUUCAACAACAGAUAAAACGUAGAGGUAGGAAGUCAACCGUAGGUUGCAUAAAAACGCUUAAUACCACAAAACAUUUUGCAACAAAAAAUGAAGAAAACUUGAGAAGCAAUCAUUUGAGACACUUUCAUCAACUUGCAUUUAUGUCGUGAAGAAAACAUAAAUUUAGAAACAUUAAAACUUAUCAUACGAGCUGCUUUUCGGUGUUUCUUGAAAAACUUUUGUCGGCCUGUUUCUUUCGAAAUCGUAACUUGUUAGUGAUAGUGGCUUUCACUCUAAAUCAUAAUUAAAACAUAUACAUACAUAUAUCGAUCAUAAGUCAUCAUAAGCCACAACAUGUGCGUAAUGUUAAGACACGUGAGGUACUGAAUAAAACUCUCAAAUUAUAUUAAAACAGAAUCUUACAAACA